CCGGACCUGGUGCCGGACCCCUACUACAUCCAGGCAUCUACAUAUGUGCAGAAGAUGUCUAUGUACAACUUGAGAUGCGCUGCGGAAGAGAACUGCCUGGCCAGUUCAGCAUAUAGGGCGGAUGUCAGAGACUAUGAUCACAGGGUACUGCUACGAUUUCCCCAAAGAGUGAAAAACCAAGGCACAUCUGACUUUUUACCAAGCCGUCCUCGAUAUUCCUGGGAGUGGCACAGCUGUCACCAACAUUACCACAGCAUGGAUGAAUUCAGCCACUACGACCUGCUUGAUGCCAGCACACAGAGAAGAGUGGCUGAAGGCCACAAAAAAGACCCCACAUCCUGUGACUAUGGGUACCACAGGCGCUUUGCAUGUACUGCGCACACACAGGGAUUGAGUCCUGGAUGUUAUGAUACCUAUGCAGCAGACAUAGAUUGCCAGUGGAUUGAUAUUACAGAUGUACAACCUGGAAACUACAUUCUAAAGGUCAGUGUAAACCCCAGCUACCUGGUGCCUGAAUCAGACUACAGUAACAAUGUUGUACGCUGUGACAUUCGCUACACAGGACACCAUGCCUAUGCCUCAGGCUGCACAAUUUCACCGUGA